AGAUGGGUAUGUAGACAAAGGUUGCUGAUGUUAUUUGCAGUGCAUUAAGGUUAAGGUAAGGGUUCAUGGAGGCAGUAAUUCGACCUUAACAACAUAAUGUUUUCAGAGCUCAAUUCAGGAUUAAAUUUGAUCUCGGCAUCCAAGGAGAGGACGGCCUUGGAGUCACCCAAUAAAAGGCAGAGAGAGGACAGCAAACCUGCUGAGGAGCUAGUAGUGAAGAGGAAACCACCCACAAGAAAAAAGAAGGUUUACGGCACUUUUGUUCAUCAGAGCUGCAAAUGCCCCACAGCCUCCAAACCGGAUGACCGAAGAAGCUGCGUCUUAGGCCACACCUGCACAGGGUUGACAUGGAGCUUCAUACAAGAGAAAAAGCAGGACUUGGAGUCGUUCAGAAAACUGCAGAGAGAUGACAGCCGACCUUCUGAGGUGCCAGUGGUGAAGGCCACAAAAAGAAAAGCUUCCGCUGAAAGAGAGACACCCAGGAAAAAGAAGAAGAGUGAUGAUGUCACACAGAACAACAGCUGCCUCUUGGGCCACACCUGCAGAGAUCACUUCCAUGACAAAUACCAGCAACUGGGUAAGAUCGGACAAGGAGGCUUUGGUUCAGUUUAUGAUGGCAUAAGAACAUCUGACAAAUUACAUGUGGCGAUCAAACACAUCCGCUCAUCCUGUGUGAGGAGGGGAUCAAUGAUGUUAAAUGGGAUAAAAUGCAUGAUCCCCCUGGAGGUGAUCCUCUUGCACAAAGCAGCAGGUGAACCAGAGUCUGUGGGUAAAUCAGCAGCCGUGUCACUGUUAGACUGGUACGAUCUGAAAGACCGGGUCAUCCUGGUCAUGGAGAGGCCACAACCCUCUGUGACCCUGAACAGCUACUUGCAAAGUUGUGGUCCAGUGAACGAGAAAAUUGCAAAGAAAGUCACAAAGCAGCUGGUGGAAGCAGCUGUAAAGAUGGAGGCGGUAAAAAUCUUCCACCGGGACAUAAAAACUUCGAACAUCCUUGUCCAGUCCACACCUGGUAUCUUCCGAAUGCGAGUCAUCGACUUUGGAUGUGGCUCCAUUUUGAGGAAAAGACAUUACAAUUACCGUAGGUUCAGAGGAACCCCUUUGUAUAUUCCUCCAGAGUUUAUGAAAUAUGGGAUAUACCAGGCUGGACCCACCACUGUCUGGCAGUUGGGUGCUGUGUUGUAUGAAGUGCUGCAUGGAGUGUGGUUCAACACCUUUAGUUUCGUGACCACCAAAUGUAAAAUCAGAAGUGACCUGUCCACUGAUUGCCUGGAUUUUUUUAAAGCGUGUUUAGCUCUGGAGCCUGGCGAUCGAGCCACUCUAAAGCAAAUGCUGCAACAUCCCUGGCUCUCAUGAUUCUGGACUGACACGCACACCUUCACAUCAUGAAAAUACACACACACACACACACACACACCUACACACACACACAUGCUGUGGUUGCCAGCAUGGAAAAUGAAAAAUGUGCCUGAAGGACUGAAACUGAAAAAAUAAAAUAAAAUAAAUAUUUAUUAUUUAAAAAAAAAAAAUUGUACAAAGCUUUUAAGGGCAAAGAAGACCACUUUUUAUUGUUUAAAAGUAUUAAUAUCAUUUGAAAACCUUGUUUUUGUUGUUGAAAUAAAAAAAACAUCAAAUUGAAUACAAACCCCAUUUUCAGUAUCCUCAUAUAAUUGAAGAAUUAAAAAGAAUUAAAAAGAUUAAAAUCCAUUUAGUGUGGCACUGUAUCUCUACAGGCUAGUGUGUAUUGAAUCAGUUUCCUGUUGACCUUUACAUCCCAGAAAAACAAACAGCGAAUGGUGACAUGGAUCGUUCUGUGGUUCUGUAUGUUUGGCACCUGCUGCACAUCAGUCCAAAGGUGUGUCUUCUCCAUAGCUUUCGUUCUCGUCUACACCGCCGUGUUGUUUGUUCUUUUCCGGCAACAGUACUGAAGUUUAUACGCCGUCUCCUAAAUGUUGGUGCAUCUGCAGAACGCCAAGUCCAACUCCAGUCCGACUAAGUGUAUACAUGCAGGAGUAAUCAGACUAUGAAUCACAUUAUUCAGGUAUGUUAGAUUGUGUUGCAUUUAGGGCCUACUCCGUGCCUCUGACAAUCUGACAGGAUUCACUGCAUUGUGGCUGUCAAUGAUUGAUGUUCCAGGGGUGGAGUGGAUCAGUGGUUAAGACUGGUACCCUGUGUGCGAAAGACAUCAUGGUCGCAAGUUCGACUCCACCCCUGGCUCAUUGUACUCAAUUCCAUUGUAAGUUGCUUUGGAUAAAAUCGUCUGCUAAAAUGACAUGUAAUCUACACUGUAAAAAAUGUCCAUAGGUUUUACAGUGAAAAACUGUCAAACCAUGACAGAAAAAGACCGUAAACUUAAAAAGAGUUUAAUUCAGUUUUUGUAACAGUGAAAUACCGUAAAUAUAUAUAUCUGCUGAAACAGAUAUAUCUGCAUAUUUUUUCCUGUAAAAAUUACAUUAAUCUACUGUUAAAUAAUCUUGCACCGUUGUAAUUCUGGAAAUAUCCCGUCAUAUUUAUAAAAGCCAAACCUGUAUCUUUUGCGUUUUUCUUUUGUAAAAAAUACAUUGUAUUACUGUUAAACGUAUUAACCAUUGAGAUAUUUACAUAAAAAUACUGUUACAUUUUUAAGAGCCAUUUUUAAGGUGCUCUGUUCUACCUACAGAGUCAUUAGACAGUCUGACAGGAUUCACUGCAUUGUGGCUGUCAAUGAUUGAUAUUCAUCUACAAGGAAGUCGAGGGUUAAAAAAUAAGGACAAUAGAUGCUCAGAAUGUUCCAGGAACAUUACUCAUAUCUUUUCCCCUUGUCACAAAGUAAGAAUCAUCAAGGCCUACUUUGUGUUUCUACAUCCCUGUGGAUAAAUAAAUAAAAU